UAAUCGCGCUCAUUAAUUUUUACUUUUAUUUGACAUUUUCUGGCUGUGACAGAGCAUCUCUGAUGGAGGGAUGCUGUUGAUUUGACCAGGUUGGAGUCUAAUUUGGAGCAACACCAACGUUUCGGUGGAUCACACUCAAUUAGCGGACUUCCUGUCCUCUCCGUCACCCUGCUGUACCAGAUUAAAGCCACAACAUUAUACCUGCCGCACUUAGCCUUCGUCAAGGACGGCACACACGCGCGCUUGUACAGUUGGGCUUGUUUACUCGCUGGUGCAGCCUCUGGUGUUUUAUGGUUCUUUAAUGGGCGGAGAUGAGCGCCACCAGCAGCACCAGACUGAGCCCCAGUCCCAACUUACUGCAUGUCAACGAGCCAAAGCGCUAUGGCUCCACGCUGUCGCUGGAGGAGAAGUGUGAACAGUCUUUCUUCCUCUUCUACUACUACAGGAUGGAGGACGAGGCGGUGGUGGACCGCGGGGCGUCCUUACUCAAACACCUUUGUGACGAGGAGGAGGUAGAAGGCCACCACACCAUUUACAUCGGAGUGCGUGUUCCUAAAAGCUCUCGGCGUCGGAGGCGCCACCGCCGGAGAACCAGCCACAAGGACAGAAAGGAGAAGUUGACGGGGAGCGAGCUUGACAAGUCAGACACAGAAAACAACGACGAGGCCAGCAACAGCAUCCUCAAACCGCUUGUCUCGCCGGCAGCCGAGAGGAUCCGAUUCAUCUUGGGGGAGGACGAUGACGGCCCGGCGCCCCCGCAGCUCUUCACCGAGCUGGACGAGCUGCUGGAGGUGGACGGGCAGGAGAUGGAGUGGAAGGAGACGGCCAGGUGGAUAAAGUUUGAGGAAAAGGUGGAGAAAGGAGGUGAGCGCUGGAGUAAACCCCACGUGGCGACGCUGUCCUUGCACAGCCUGCUGGAGCUGCGCACCUGCAUAGAGAAAGGCACCAUCAUGCUGGAGUUGGAGGCGUCCACUCUCACUCAGGUUGUUGAGAUGAUCACUGACAACCAGAUAGAGAUCGGCCAGCUGAAAGCAGACCUGAAGGACAAGGUGAUGUACACGUUGCUACGGAAACACCGCCACCAGACCAAGAAGUCCAACCUCCGCUCUCUGGCCGACAUCGGGAAAACGGUUUCCAGCGCAAGUAGGCUGUUUUCCAACCAGGACAACGCCCGCAGUCCUCUGGAGAACUCGGUGACCUGCCUGUCGGGUCACAUCUCCAUGGAGGACCUGCAGAACCAAAGGAGUACCAGUAUGGACUGGCUUAAUAGUCCGACAACGCCUCACAAGAACCUGGCGUCCAGCAGCUUGAAUGACAUCUCUGACAAACCAGAGAAGGACCAGCUGAAAAACAAGUUCAUGAAGAAGCUGCCGAGAGACGCGGAGGCCUCCAACGUCCUGGUGGGGGAGGUGGACUUCCUGGACGCCCCGUUUGUGGCGUUUGUCCGUCUGCAGCAAGCCGUGAUGCUGGGAGCGUUGACCGAAGUUCCUGUUCCCACAAGGUUUUUGUUCAUCCUGCUUGGACCCAAAGGCAAAGCAAAGUCAUAUCAUGAGAUUGGCAGAGCAAUCGCCACCCUGAUGUCUGAUGAGGUCUUUCAUGAUAUUGCCUACAAGGCGAAGGACAGGCAGGACCUGCUGGCCGGGAUCGAUGAGUUCCUGGACGAGGUGAUCGUUCUUCCUCCUGGAGAGUGGGACCCGACCAUCAGGAUAGAGCCUCCCAAAUCGCUGCCGUCCUCUGACAAAAGGAAAAACAUGUACGCAGGAGGGGAUUCCCAGAUGAACGGAGACAUGCCGCAUGACGGCGGUCAUGGAGGAGGAGGCGGGCACGCUACGGGGGAGGAGCUGGAGAAGACGGGAAGGUUUUGUGGUGGUCUCCUUCUUGACAUCAAGAGAAAAGCGCCUUUCUUCAUCAGUGACUUCACCGACGCGCUUCACAUUCAGGCCCUGUCGGCCAUUUUGUUUAUUUACUUGGGAACUGUGACGAACGCCAUCACCUUCGGUGGUCUGCUGGGGGACGCUACAGAAAACAUGCAGGGUGUGCUGGAGAGUUUUCUGGGCACUGCCAUCGCCGGAGGCGUUUUCUGCUUGUUGGGGGGUCAGCCUCUCAUUAUUCUGAGCAGCACCGGUCCGGUUCUGGUGUUUGAAAGGCUUCUCUUUAACUUCAGCAGGGAUAACGAUUUCGACUACAUGGAGUUCCGGCUGUGGAUCGGCCUGUGGUCGGCGUUCUUCUGCCUGGUGCUCGUUGCCACUGACGCCAGCUUCCUGGUGAAGUACUUCACCCGCUUCACGGAGGAGGGCUUCUCCUGUCUCAUCAGCUUCAUCUUUAUCUACGAUGCCUUCAAGAAGAUGAUCAAAUUAGCUCACCACUACCCCAUCAACUCGGUGUACAGCUUGGAAAACAUCACGCAGUACGAAUGUCUCUGCAUGGGCCCCACGCUCCUAGAAAAUGAGACGGAGCUGCUUGUCGAUCCUUUGGAAGAAACGUCAUCGUGGUACAUCAACUACACAGGCCUGCCACCAAACCGCUCGUGGUCGAGUCUCACCAAGUCAGAGUGUUUAAUGUACAGAGGAGAGCUGGUGGGAGAGGCGUGCGGCUACGUCCCAGACAUCACCCUCAUGUCCUUCAUCCUCUUCUUCGGUACCUACACCACCUCCAUGUGUCUUAAGAAGUUCAAAACGAGCCCUUUCUUCCCCACCACUGUGAGGAAACUCAUCAGUGACUUCGCCAUCAUCCUGGCCAUCCUUAUCUUUUGUGGAGUUGACAUUUUCGUGGGAGUUGACACUCCUAAACUUAUUGUGCCAACCGAAUUUAAGCCAACAAGCCCGAAGCGGGGCUGGUUUGUGCCCCCGUUUGGAGGAAACCCCUGGUGGGUUUACCUGGCUGCCGCCCUGCCUGCUCUCCUCGUCACCAUCCUGAUCUUCAUGGACCAACAGAUCACCGCUGUGAUCGUCAACAGGAAGGAGCACAAGCUGAAGAAAGGGGCAGGUUACCAUCUGGACCUGUUCUGGGUGGCGGUUCUGAUGGUGGUUUGCUCCUUCAUGGGCCUGCCGUGGUAUGUGGCCGCCACCGUCAUCUCCAUCGCCCACAUCGACAGUCUGAAGAUGGAAACGGAAACGUCGGCGCCGGGAGAGCAGCCCAGAUUUCUGGGAGUGAGAGAGCAGAGGGUCACCGGAGUGGUUGUGUUCAUCCUGACGGGACUGUCGGUCUUCAUGUCUCCGAUUUUAAAGUUUAUCCCCAUGCCCGUCCUGUAUGGAGUCUUCUUGUACAUGGGAGUCGCUUCUCUUAACGGAGUUCAGUUUAUGGACCGGCUGAAGCUGCUGCUGAUGCCGGCCAAGCACCAGCCGGACCUGGUGUACCUGAGGCACGUUCCCCUCAGGAAGGUCCACCUCUUCACCUUCAUCCAGAUCCUCUGCUUGGCUCUGCUCUGGAUCCUCAAGUCCACCGUGGCGGCCAUCAUCUUCCCCGUCAUGAUUCUUGCUCUGGUUGCGGUCAGGAAAGCCAUGGACUACAUGUUCUCCCAGUGCGACCUGAGCUUCCUGGACGACGUCAUUCCAGAGAAAGACAAGAAGAAGAAGGAGGAUGAGAAGAAGAAAUGUGGCAGCGUGGACAGUGAUGGUGAAGAUGAGAGAAGCCCCUGUCAUUCCUUGAUCGACACACAUCGUGCUGAGCAGCUCCGCUUCUACCAGGACAGCUACUUAUCCAGCCCGGAGAUGACCCCGCUGAAGUCGGUGCCUCAGAUCAGGAUAGACAUGGAGCCGGAAGACGAAGACACGUUUUACUGGAGGGGCCGGGGAUCCGAAACGUCGCUGUAGACCACCAAACCUGCAGCUUCCUGUCAAAUUAGUCUUAACUUUUUUGCUUCUUUUUGUGAUUGUGAGAGGUUUGUUUUGAACUGCUGGGACUGAAAAAGGGAUAAUUUUUAAGUACUUCUGUCUUCACCGCCAUGUUGGCAUUUCUCUCACGCCUCCAGUCUCACUUGUUGAUUAAAUAUAACUCCUUACUGCUGAUCUAUGCAACUGCUGCAGCGCUCUCACUAAACAUGGAGUGCCGUCCCAUCUCUUUUUAUAUACUUAUACAUAUGUAUAAAUACAAAUAUGACCUUUCAGAUUUUUUUUAUAUAAACUGAACUACUCUUAACGUUUUCCUGUAGCAGGAAAAUUAUGUUUUUAUAGCUCUACCUCUUGUUUUAGAUUCAAAUCUUAUUACGAACAAAUGAUUCUUGGAGUUUUGAUAUUUUCUCCCUGUCCUUUCCUAGAGUUGCAAUAAUUUAAGAAAUGUGCUGUAUUAUAGCUUGUAAAGGAAGUAAAAUAGAGAUUUAAUAUAAUUAAGUAUAAAUUAACAGAGCACAGGUGUGUGUGCUGAUUUGAUUGCUUCCGUUUGUUUCUAAUCAAAUCUUUUACACUUUUUCUUCCAAACUGUUUUUUUAUUAACAUAUUUUUGAUUUUUAAAAAGUGAUCACGUGUAAAUGUCGGUCACAUUUCCUGUGUAUUUUUCUAUGAUGUGGAUAGAAGAUCAUCAUAAUCAUCCAACCUUUCUCAGCCAAACAGUAACCCGAACUGGGAAUGCAUAUAAAUACAUGACUGCUGCAUAAACUCCUGUACCUAAGUGGCUUAUAAAGGAUCGAUUUGAACUGGAAGAAAUGAAGGAAACAUGAUGUGCAAAUGAUUUUCAUGACGGCUUGUGUUCACAGCAGGAAUGUGUGUAUUUUAUCAGCCGUCAUCUGAUUUGUGGGUUGUUUAAAUCACUUUUUUAACAUAUAUUAAAGGAUAUUUUUGGUGGUCAAACCACACACAAGAAAAUCACUAAUAAACUUUAUCUUAUUUUCUAGCCUGCAUUUAGUGCUUAGUUCAAUUUAAACAUUUCUUUAAAAAUUUUGGAAGAAAUUAUUUUUUUUUUUACAAAUUGAAUUUUUGACACUGAAUUUUUAACUUGUUCAAUUAUGUCACUAGUUAUUUUUAACACUUUAAAUUCACUGCAAAAAAUUCACCUGCAGAAAUUUGCCUUCAAAAAUAAAUUUUUUUACAAAAUUACAUUUUCAAGAAACAUUUGCAGGUGAAUUUUUUUUCUUGUGCAUUUAAAGUAAAAAUGUAAAAUUGAUCAUUUAAUGCACAGAAUAGAUUGUGUUAUAAUUUCAAUGUGUAAAAAAUUAGAUUAUAUUUCUUCCAUAUAAAACCAAACAGCUAAUUUAUGACGGAAAACGUAAACAGUGUUCCUACACAUUUUUCCAUUUCCAAUUUUUUUGUAUUGAUGAAUACUUUUCAAUUUUUUGACUCGUGUGAACGGUAAUAAUAAAGAGCACCUCUAUCUCAAUUCUAGGGUUUUAUAUAUCAGGACAAAAUAUCCUUCUGAACUCUGAAAUUGGAUUAAAUGUGAGAAAAGUCACAAAGAUACUUUUCUCCAACUGGAAAAUGAUUGUUGGAAAAUUUCGUCAUAAUUCUUCCAAACUUGACGGAUCAUUGCUGACGUCUCUAUAUUAGCACACAAAGAUCCUGUUUUCUUACAGAUGCUCACUCUGAUCCCUCUAUUUUCAAUACUUCACUUUGUUUUCCAGCUUUUCCAUUUUGAUUUUAACGCGUCCUGAUGAGGAAAACUGAUGUUUUUCCUCAUUGCUGCACUCAGACCUGAACAUCACUGAAUAUAAAUUUUAACACUUUUGUUUUUUAUUCUUGUGUAAACAUAAAAGCAUUGGAAAGUUUCCACAGUUGAAGAAUGGAGCCUUUACUUUUGGUUUGUACGUAAGGAUGAAUGUUCUGUAGAUCAACCUGUUGUAUUUCCAUUUUAAAUGUUUUUUAUUUGUUACUUUUCCCAGAAAAAAUGUUUAGAAAAGUGUAAACUUUGCAGUUUGAACCCAAGAGAUGAUAUACAAAUCAAAACAAAUCCAUUCUUUUGCUUAUGUGGGAUUUUUUUUGAUGACUUUGUGCUGUGAAGAGCACAGUCAUUAUGAGACGGAGGAUUAAUAAUAAGGUGAAACACACCAGGGUUAUCCUUUAACUACAGCACGACGGUCCAAAAGUGAAGAACUUUCUCUUUCUGUGGGUUUCAUCUCAGACAGAAAGUCCUCUCUGUCUUUAUUAGCACGACGUCUUUCACUUUCCAAAUCCUCGUUUUUAUCCCCAUGAGAGGAAACUAAUCGCUCGGCAGGUUUUCCAGUGGAUUUAUUAGUAGGAAAACUGACACUUUAUUGUUAAAUAAACUUAUGACUCUUUCUAGAGAAGAAAAAAUGGAUUAUUGUAGAAUUUCUAUUUUUCAAAUGAAAUGUAUAUUGAAAAUAAACGGUUAUCAAACACU